AUACACCUCCAUGCAGUUUGUUAAUGGUGACCUUCAUUCUGUGGAGUUCUGUCAUUAUGUUCUUACACUUAGGGUUAGGAAUAUAUCUACUACAUAGCCGUGUACAGUGUUAACAAUUUUAUGCCAUGGCUUUAAAUACAAUUGGUCAGCCUUGCAAGAGUAUAUUCAGGUGUCUUCGGGCUGUUUUCUCCCACAGAUGCUUGCAGGCCACGUCCACAUUUCACACCACAGUCUUUCAGUCAAACUCCAACAGAACCUGUGUGGUCCGCUUCGGGAGGCAGAAGUAUGAGCGGAUGUAUCCGGUUCUGCUGGUGCGACCUGACGGGUCCACCAUCAACAUCAGAUAUAAAGAGCCCAGAAGAAUAAUGAAGAUGCCUGUGGACAUCACCACCCUCUCGGAGGAGGAGAGGAAAAUCAGAAUUCGGAAAAGAGAACCGAAGAGGGAAGCAAAACAAAAAUUGGAUGAUUUUGAGGAUGAUUUCAAAGUUGAUGAUUACAGCAAAUUCUGGAAGAAGAAGUGAAUGGACUGAUGCAGUUGAACGCCUCAUUCAGACUUUUUAUGUUGUCUCACGUACAAUAUUGCAAUUUUUUUUGUAUGUCACCCUGUAAUAAAAAAUUAUUGGUAAAAAUA